UCUAGUUGAUUGGCUGGGCCUAAUCUGACGGUUUGUUUGGCAAGGCCCAAACCCGGCCUGUAGAUCCAACGGCUAGGAGGCUAGGAGGACAACCGAAGGGUCGGAAGACACCGACCGAAGACUCGAUGGCGACGAGGACGGCGGCGCUCCUCUUCCGGCGCCGGGCCGCCGCGGCAGCUCCAAAGCCGCUACAACAGUACGUCGCCGGUCUAUCCACCGCAGCGGGACACGAUGUUCUAGAUGACGGCGGUCGCAGUGGUGGUGGGGAGGGGAACAGGAAGCAGUGGGUGGAGCUCCCUCCCUUCGCACCGCUCGAUGCCAACGCCGCCGCGCAAGCCAUUUCCCGAGGGGGUGGAGGAGAAGGUGCGUGCUCCAACGCCACGGCGAUCAGGUGGGUCCGGCGCUGCUGCCCGCACAUGCCGGCGUCGCUGGUGCAGAAGCUGUUCCGUCUCCGCAAGGUUAAGAGGAAUCUUCUGACUGCUGAUACCUCUUCAACAGAUGGCAUUACUGAGCAACUCCGGUUGAGAAGGGUUUCAGCGAAAGAUGAACUUGUGCCUGGUGAUAUUCUCUUUCUACCAGUUAACAUUCAAGAAUCUUCUGUUGCUGAGAAGACCAAGAAAUUCGGUAACAAGAAUGAGAUUGACUUUAUACGCAGCCUUGAGAUCUACAAGGAUAGGAACAUCAUCGUGCUCAAUAAACCACCUGGAAUGCCAGUGCAAGGUGGUGUUGGCAUAAAAAACAGUAUUGAUAUGCUGUCCCCGAUGUUUGAGGAUGGUUCUUCUGAAGCACCUCGACUGGGCAGCUCCAGUGCCGCGUCGAUUUCUGCAGAGCGAAGAAGUCGAACAAAACUUUGGUUCGUUACCUGCUGUGUACACAUCGAUUCCCCUGGUCCUAAACCGAUUUAUGGGGCCCGCAUGGUGAUUAAAGAAAUAAAAAAGGAGCAGCAUUCUCUCCCCUCUGAGCUGAACCCAGGGGACAUCCACUUGCCUUCCAUGCUUGAUAGGGAUUGCAGUGGUGUCCUUGUUCUGGGAAGAAACCAACUUAGCGCUUCCAUUAUGCAUGCUAUAUUCCGUGAGAAAACUGCUGAUGCUGUAGUUAAUGGUACUCAACAAGUACUGCAGAGAAAAUAUGUUGCGCUUGUUAUGGGAAGACCUAGGCAUCCCAAGGGUUUACUGUCGGCUCCACUUGCAAAGGUUGUAUUACCAGAUGGCAAGUCUGAGCGUCUGACUGUUUGUGCUGGUUCAAAUACUACCUCUGUUCAAGAUGCUUUGACCGAGUUCCGAGUGAUUGAAUCUUGCCCGCAAGGCUACACUUGGUUAGAACUAUUUCCUCGUACAGGAAGGAAGCAUCAGCUCCGAGUCCAUUGUGCAGAGGUUCUUGGUACACCAAUUGUUGGGGAUUACAAGUACGGACGACAAGCGCACCAGAACUGGUCACCUCUUCCCAUGCCACAAGCAAUCGACGAGGAAAUGCUCAAGAAAAGGAAGCUUCCCUUUGGGCUUGCUUUGGGUGGUGGAAGUGUAGCGGAGGAGCAGCCUCAGCUGCAUCUACAUUGCAAGCAGAUGAUCCUUCCUGACAUCUCAGAGGCUAUGCAGCGCCUGCAGUCUUCAGAUGCUGACCAUGAUUUUUCCGAUCUUGAGAAGCUCAGCUUUGUUGCUCCUUUGCCGUUGCAUAUGCGGUUGAGCUGGGAGAUUUUGAAGUCCGUAGGCAAGUAAUAAUGCAAAAGCUUCGAUUGGACAACCUUAAUGCCAAUGUUAGUGGUUGAAAGAUGAGAUAAGCAGAGAAACAAUGUUGAUAAAAGAAGUCUUGUGUAGUUUACAUUGUUCAUUUUUAUUGUUUCCCUCCAGAGAAAACCUGCUUUACAUCAUUACAUGUAAUGAACAAUGAUAGUUAUUCCUUCUCUUUUAACAUGGAACUGAAAGAUUCUUCUCUUUUAACAUGGAACUGAAGGAUUCUUUA